AUGUCUUUGGAUUCACUCGGCAUUAGUGACGAAGCUAACACGAAAAAUUCUAAUUCGAUUAUGACAUACCGUCCGCUUCAAGAGCAUUCUAAUUAUGUUGUUCAUUAUAUUUCGUCGACAUUCGUUAAAAUUGAACAACUGAAAACGGAUCUUAAUGCAGAGUAUCAGCAAGAAAAACAUGCACUAACUGAAUUGAACGAACAAUUGCGUUUGAUGAUUGAUCGUGUUGAACAAUUGGAAUCACAAAAUUCAACAUAUGUUGCAAAACUGACCGAUUUGCGACGACAAGGAUUCAUUGUUGCUACUACUGGUAAACAAAAUGAUGAACAUUAUCGUCUACAGAGUCAUAUAAUGGCAGUCAACUACGAAAAAGUUAGCUACGAAUCGGAAAUUGAAUUCUUUCAGCUGCAAAUUAAAAUCUAUCAGCAAAUGAUCCAAGCUGAAAAUCAAUCAAUCGAUGAACAACGAUUGAAAUUAGAACAAGAAUUGAAUCAAUCUGCAUCAGCCCUUGUCAAUCUACGUACAUCCUAUGAAGAAUUGGGAAACAAAGUUGGAAGUUAUCGUACAACGUCUAAAUUAGAAUCCGAACUGAACACGAUUCAAACGCAAUAUGAAGAACAAUUCACAGCACAGGCCAGUGAUUUAGAUUAUUUACAGGAAAGUAUCCUGGCUAUGGUAAUACUUCAGUAUACAGUACCCGAUGGACUUCGACUUCAGCCAGGCAGUGAACUAAAAAUCUAUUCGGAAUCAGGUGCUGCAGUUGCUCAAAAAUUGUCGAAUCAAAGUGCUUUCUCGUCAUCCCUACAUCAGGAACUUGUCCUUAAAGAUAUAUCUUCAAUGGGUAUGUGA